AUGAGUGUGGAUGUGGAUGAGUUGGAAGAAUGGGCAGCAAUGGCGGCUGUCAGCACGGAAGGUUCCCUUCUUCAGAUUCCACCUCCGUCUACUAUUGCUGCUGAUCCCAGACCAGGAGCUUUGUCUGUCCCUGGCGCUGCUGCCAUGGCUUCUAAUUCUCUUCAAAAUCGAGACGUUUCCAAUUUGACGUCAGAAGAAAAACAAGCCCUUCGAAAAUCGCAACAAGAAAUGGAAAAACAAGAAAAUAAUCGGCAAUGGGCUGACAUGGCGGCGGUCAGUACAGAAGAUCAUGAACUCAUCACUGGUGGAAGCAGCUCUAAUGAACCUGAACAUGGCCAAGACUAUGACAUUCAACUCCCAAUCAUGACUGAUGAUAUUCCAGAUAUUCCACCAAAAUUAGAACCAGAUGGUCACUAUGGUACCACAGGUAUUAAUAUUACCACAGGACCCACCGUCAUGGGAGUAGAACCCAUUGUGCCACUGGGGCCUACUGUCAUGGGAGUAGAGACCACGGAUACCGAUACUACCAAAUCAGCUCGGGACAAAAAAAAGGCAUCACCAAAACUUUCAGGGGGCGUCAGACCGGGUGCUGUGUCCAUCCCAGGUGGUGACAAUGAUCCCAAUUCACUAUUAGAAGAAGGAGACAAUUCCAAAAUGACACCAGAAGAAAUGCAAGCACACAGAACGACACAAAAUGGCUUGCGCAAAAAACAAGAUACCCAUCCUGCCGUACAGCGCACUCGUCAGUCACAAGCGGCAAGAAAUGUGGCCACCGUGCCACACCUACGUCACGACACCCUCUCAGGAGGUGGGAGUGAUCACGUUGUCCAGCAACAAGCCUCCUCCAAUCAACAACAACGACGAAGAUCGUCCACAGACACAAAACUCACAGAGGCCAAACGACGGGCUUCGGCCAAGAGUGCGGCGUCGCCUCUCAGCCAUCACGCAUCCAUGCGCGGGAGCCGAAACGGCCAACAGAGCAUGGAUCAAUCCGUCACCAGCUCCACCAACAGCAACAGCUCCAUCACCAAGGGACUCAGAGGAACUCCAGACGCCGCACGACGACUCAGCUCUCGUUCCAGGCUUCCCGAUGGUGGUGUGCACGUGCCAUUGCCGGAUCUUGAUCCAGUCGGAACGUCCACGCAACAUGAUAAUACUAUUAUUCACGAAGAAGCAUCCGUGUUGUCGGGAACGUCCAAAAAUACACGUAACACCAUCGAUCCACAGCCCAACGUUCCAGCCCCGACGUGGUCUCCGGGUGGCGAUACUACUACGAAUAACAGUCCAGCCGGAUCCCCCACGCCAAUGCCAGUACCCAACCACGACGAAGGCUUGGCUGUGGCCGAUAUGGUGCCAGAUGAAGAUUUCAAUGACAUGGAAGUGACUCCAGCGCAACCAUACAAUGUCGAACAGGCACAGCGAGAUGCACAGCUGCGAAAACGGCAGCUACGAAAACGAUACAUCCUGGUAGUUGGGGUUCUGGCGUUGCUCAUGAUUGGAGGGGCUUUGGUCGUUGUCUUUGUCGUCAUUGGUGUCGGUGGUGAUACUACCACUACUGCCGUGGCUCCUGGGCCCGCAGUGGUGGGCGCCAGUAAUGGCAAUAACGCAACGCAAGCACCCACGCAAUUGUCCACACUCUUUCCUCUUCCCGACUACACCAUGAACAUUAUGGAACAAGACCCGUCGUCGCCACAAGCCAGAGCCUAUCAAUGGGUGAUUGAGGAUCCAGCGUUUGAUACACAUGAACUCUGGAGGUUGCAUCAACGAUUUGCCCUCGCCACAUUCUUUUAUUCCACAAAUGGUCGAGAGUGGCAAAACAAUGCCAAUUGGCUCGAUUACAACACGGAUGAGUGUCGUUGGUGGUGGACCGGACGCAGGCUUCGGGAAACUCAAUGCCUCUACAAUGAAACCGUCAAUCAGCACUAUGAGUAUCUCUACAUGGAAGGAAACGAUCUCGAUGGAACGAUACCACGGGAAUUGGAAUUGAUGACCGAGGGCACGAUCCCAAAUUCCUUUUUUGAAUCCUUCAUCCAUCUUAAACGUUUCUUUGCGAAUGUCAACGAAUACUUGACAGGGACCAUCCCGACCGAAGUUGGUUUGCUAUCAAACACGCUUGAAAUAUUUUUCAUGGGCUUGUGCACCAAUAUGAAAAACUUUUCCGCCUUCCUUAACCCAGAAUUGACGGGCCCUCUGCCGUCUGAAUAUGGAGCCAUGUCCCAGCUGGCAGGAAUGUACUUUGGCGAGAACGCGUUUACAGGGGCGAUCCCUUCUGAGUAUGGUCGAAUGACGUCAAACAGGCGUCUUGUCCUGUAUCACAACCAGCUCAAUUCAACCAUCCCCACGGAACUCGGGACCAUGUCAAAUUUGUUUGGUCUUUGGUUGGAUCACAACUCGGAUCUGAGCGGAACGAUUCCAGCAGAGUUGGCACAAGUGAGCACCCUCAGCAGGAUCUUGGUGAACAACGCCAGUCUAUCUGGAACUGUCCCAACCGUGUUGGAGAACUUGGAGCAGACUUUGGAAGUGAUGGAUGUAUCUGGCAACCAAGGAAUCACCGGAGUGGUCCCAGAGGGAUUGUGCAAUGUGGCAGAUGGUGUCCGCUGGAUCAGUCGCGUUGCUGGCAGGCACAUUGGAGAAUUUAGUGAUGGAAGCGAUGAGUACCCUUUGCUGACAUUUGAUUGCUCUGCUUCUUUGUGUGGGUGUGGCCACUGCGGCUGCUCCGGUUUCUAG